AUGGAGAAUCCGAAGAAAACGGAGGAUUGGAAGAUGACAGAAAUGGUGGAGGGGGGCAUGGAGGCCGAGGUUGGAAGCAGAAUGGAGGGCAGGGGUAAAGGGUUAGGGAGCCCUCCUCCCCUUGCCCUGAUCAUGGUUGUCCCACAGAAGGCGGAGGAGCAGGAGCUCAUGGAACAUCAGGAACAUGCAGAGCCAAUGGCUAACCUGAUGGCUAACCCGAUGGGCGUCGAGGACCCAGCCCUGCUUCUGCAGUGCCUGGGACAUGGCUGUGUGAAUCCCUGCCGGCCGGGCUCCAAGUACUGCUCAGAUGACUGUGGCAUGAAUCUGGCAGCUGAACGCAUCUAUGAUAUCCUGCCCGAGCGCCUCCAGCAGUGGCAAAACAGCCCCAGCAUUGCUGAGGAGCAUGGCAAGAAAAUGAUCGAAGGCCUCAUCCAUGAGCAGCAGGAUGUCCUCAACCACCUGAAGUACCUGGAGCAUCAGUACCAUGAACUUGAGGCCAUCAUUCGACGUGGCAAGCAGCAGACUAUAUGCAAGGAUGAGGAGAGCACAAAGGUUAUGACAAACACCGCCCAACGGAUCUUCUGUGUCUCAUGUGGGAAAUCCAUCAGUGUGCGUGCCGCAAUCCGCCACAUGGAGCACUGCUUUGCCAAGUAUGAAUGCAAAUCGUCUUUCGGGUCCUUGUACCCUGCUUGCAUUGAGGGGGCCACAAGGCUCUUCUGUGAUACUUAUGACCCAAUGAAUAAACGGUACUGUAAACGUCUCCACGUGCUAUGCCCUGAGCACUCAAAGGAACCCAAGGUGCCCAUUGAUGAGGUGUGUGGCUGCCCUCUAGUGCAAAAUAUCUUUGAACCCACUGGUAAUUUCUGUCGCCUCCCCAAACGCGUGUGCAUCCAGCACUAUUGCUGGGAAAAGCUGCGGCGUGCCGAACUGGACCUAGAGCGUGUGCGAGCGCUGUACAAGAUGGAAGAGCUGAGUGAGCAGGAGCACAAGGUGCGCACAUCUAUGAGAAACCGGGCCGGUCUGGUGGGCCUGAUGCUUCACCAGACAAUCCAGCAUGACCCGCUCACAACUGACCUGCGCUCUAGAGCAGACGACGACGACGACGACGACUAA